AUGUCCGACGCCUCAGAUCAGAAGCUUUUACAAGCCGUCUUUAAGCAAGUGGACCUUGCGAAUGUCAAGCUUGACUUCGAGCUUCUUGCCAAGGACCUCGGAAUUAACACGGGCAAAGACCCCAAGGGAGCCGCCAGCAAGCGAUGGUCUAGAUACAAGGAGAAGAGUGGUCUUGUUUUGGGAAAAUCUACCAAGGACAAAUCCACAUCUAUUGUCAAUGCCAAGUCCAAUGCCAAGUCUGAGGGAAACGUUGGAGAUGGAUAUCAGACGGCGGACAAGGGAACCAAUCCAAAGAGUUCAUCUAAGAAAAGAAAGUUUGUUAAGGAAGAGAGCGAGGAUGAGGAGCAUUAG